GGUGGUCCAAGGGGCCCGAGAGAAAGGCUGCUAGGCACGGGCGGGCGCGCUGGGCGGAAUCGAGCGUCUCGGUGGCGGUUUGCCUAUCGGCCCGCGCGGCGGCGUCGCGGUGCGGGAACCGGUCCCCGUUGACAGCUCCGCGUCUUCCGGCCGCGCCACUCGGGAGGUGGCUUCCUCCCUGUGCUCCCUCCGCGAGUCCGUUCGGCCUCGGAGAAGCGGGAGGCGGCGGCGGCUGCGGAGGUCGUCGGGGGCGGCGGGCGGUGAGCGCGCUCCCGCUUCCCCGGCGGCGGCCGCAGGACAAUGGAGGUGGCUGUGGAGAAGGCGGCGGCGGCAGCGGCUCCGGCCGGAGGCCCCGCAGCGGCGGCGCCGAGCGGGGAGAAUGAGGCCGAGAGCCGGCAGGGCCCGGACUCGGAGAGCGGCGGCGAGGCGUCCCGGCUCAACCUGUUGGACACUUGCGCCGUGUGCCACCAGAACAUCCAGAGCCGGGUGCCCAAGCUGCUGCCCUGCCUGCACUCGUUCUGCCAGCGCUGUUUGCCCGCGCCGCAGCGCUAUCUCAUGCUGACGGCGCCCGCGCUGGGCUCGGCAGAGACCCCUCCACCCGCUCCCGCCCCCGCCCCCGCCCCGGGCUCCCCGGCCGGUGGUCCUUCGCCAUUCGCCACCCAAGUUGGAGUCAUUCGAUGCCCAGUUUGCAGUCAAGAGUGUGCUGAGAGACACAUCAUAGACAACUUUUUUGUGAAGGACACCACUGAAGUUCCUAGUAGUACAGUAGAAAAGUCUAAUCAGGUAUGUACAAGCUGUGAAGACAAUGCAGAAGCUAAUGGGUUUUGUGUAGAGUGUGUUGAAUGGCUCUGCAAGACAUGUAUUAGAGCUCACCAGAGGGUGAAGUUCACAAAAGACCACACAGUCAGGCAGAAAGAAGAAGUAUCUCCAGAGGCAGUUGGGGUGACCAGUCAGCGACCAGUGUUUUGUCCCUUCCAUAAAAAGGAGCAGUUGAAACUUUACUGUGAAACAUGUGAUAAACUGACCUGUCGAGACUGCCAGCUGCUAGAACACAAAGAACACAGGUAUCAAUUUAUAGAAGAAGCUUUUCAGAAUCAAAAAGUGAUCAUAGAUACUCUAAUCACCAAACUGAUGGAAAAAACAAAAUAUAUAAAGUAUACAGGAAAUCAGAUCCAAAAUAGGAUAAUUGAAAUAAAUCAAAACCAAAAGCAGGUGGAACAGGAUAUUAAAGUUGCCAUCUUCACAUUGAUGGUGGAGAUAAACAAAAAAGGGAAAGCUCUGCUGCACCAGCUUGAGAGUCUUGCAAAGGACCAUCGAAUGAAACUCAUGCAACAACAGCAGGAAGUGGCUGGGCUUUCUAAGCAGUUAGAGCACGUCAUGCAUUUUUCUAAAUGGGCUGUUUCCAGUGGCAGCAGCACAGCCUUGCUGUACAGCAAGCGGCUGAUUACAUACAGGUUACGGCACCUUCUUCGUGCAAGGUGUGAUGCUUCUCCUGUGACCAACACCACCAUCCAGUUUCACUGUGAUCCUAGUUUCUGGGCUCAAAAUAUUAUCAACUUGGGUUCUUUAGUAAUCGAGGAUAAAGAGAGCCAGCCACAAAUGCCUAAGCAGAAUCCUGUCGUGGAGCAGAGUUCACAGCCACCAGGUGGUUUACCUUCCAACCAGUUAUCCAAGUUCCCAACACAGAUCAGCCUAGCUCAGUUACGACUCCAGCAUAUUCAGCAACAGGUAAUGGCUCAGAGGCAACAGGUGCAACGGAGGCCAGCACCUGUGGGUUUACCAAACCCUAGAAUGCAGGGGCCCAUCCAGCAGCCUUCCAUCUCUCAUCAGCAUCCGCCACCACGCUUAAUAAACUUUCAGAAUCACAGCCCUAAGCCCAAUGGACCAGUUCUUCCUCCUUAUCCUCAGCAGCUGAGAUAUUCACCAAGCCAGAAUGUACCUCGGCAGACAACAAUAAAGCCCAACCCCUUGCAAAUGGCUUUUUUGGCUCAACAGGCCAUAAAACAGUGGCAGAUCAGCAGUGUACAGGCUCCGCCCACAACUGCCAGCAGCUCCUCCUCCACGCCGUCCAGCCCCACAAUCACAAGUGCAGCUGGGUACGAUGGAAAAGCUUUUAGUUCACCCAUGAUUGAUCUGAGUGCACCGGUGGGAGGGUCUUACAAUCUUCCUUCUCUUCCAGAUAUUGAUUGUUCAAGUACUAUAAUGUUGGACAACAUUGCAAGGAAAGACACAGGUGUAGAUCACGCCCAGCCGAGGCCUCCGUCAAACAGAACGGUGCAGUCACCAAAUUCAUCAGUGCCAUCUCCAGGCCUUGCAGGGCCUGUUACUAUGACUAGCGUCCAUCCCCCAAUACGUUCACCUAGUGCCUCCAGUGUUGGAAGUCGAGGAAGCUCUGGCUCUUCCAGCAAACCAGCAGGAGCUGAUUCUACUCACAAGGUCCCAGUAGUCAUGCUGGAGCCAAUUCGAAUAAAACAGGAAAACAGUGGACCACCUGAAAAUUAUGAUUUUCCUGUUGUUAUAGUAAAACAAGAAUCAGAUGAAGAAUCUAGACCUCAAAAUACUAACUAUCCAAGAAGCAUACUUACCUCCCUCCUCUUAAACAGCAGUCAGAGCUCUGCUUCUGAGGAAACCGUGUUACGAUCUGAUGCCCCUGAUAGUACAGGAGAUCAGCCUGGACUCCAUCAAGAAAAUUCCUCAAAUGGAAAGUCUGAGUGGUCGGAUGCCUCCCAGAAGUCCCCUGUGCAUGUCGGAGAGACGAGGAAGGAGGAUGACCCCAAUGAAGACUGGUGUGCUGUUUGUCAAAAUGGUGGGGAACUCCUAUGCUGUGAGAAAUGUCCUAAAGUAUUCCAUCUUACUUGUCAUGUGCCCACCUUGACAAAUUUUCCAAGUGGAGAAUGGAUCUGUACUUUCUGCCGAGACUUAUCUAAGCCAGAGGUUGACUAUGAUUGUGAUGUUCCCAGUCACCACUCAGAGAAACGGAAAAGUGAAGGCCUUACUAAGUUAACGCCAAUAGACAAAAGGAAAUGUGAACGCCUACUUCUGUUUCUUUACUGCCAUGAAAUGAGCCUGGCUUUCCAAGACCCUGUUCCUCUAACUGUGCCUGAUUAUUAUAAAAUAAUUAAAAACCCAAUGGACUUGUCAACCAUCAAGAAAAGACUUCAGGAGGAUUAUUGCAUGUAUACAAAGCCUGAAGACUUUGUAGCUGAUUUUAGAUUGAUCUUUCAAAACUGUGCUGAAUUCAAUGAGCCUGAUUCUGAAGUAGCCAAUGCUGGUAUAAAACUUGAAAGCUAUUUUGAAGAACUUCUAAAGAAUCUUUAUCCAGAAAAAAGGUUUCCUAAGGUAGAAUUCAGGCAUGAAGCAGAAGACUGUAAGUUCAGUGACGACUCAGACGAUGACUUUGUACAGCCCCGGAAGAAGCGUCUCAAGAGCACCGAGGAUCGCCAGCUGCUUAAGUAACGCCGCACUGGGCCAGCGCGCUGUGCUAGAGAUUUCUCAUCAAAACUAAAGACAGCAAAAGGCUUGUCAGUGAUCUAAGGGUUUGUGAGCUCUCUGCUCUGUUUUUGCUGUUUACUGGACUUUGGUUUCUUUCAUAACCCAUUUCUUUAACCUCUUGUCAAUGAAAAUAAAAAGAAGAGGAAGGAAGGAAAUGUGUACAAGAAUAAAAGAAGGAAGAGAAGGUAGAAAAAGAAGAAAGAGCAAAGAAGGAAAAGACAUUCUUCCCCUUGUUGGAUUUCAUACAGGAGCCUGGAGUGAGUGCUACACUAAGAAAGAAAUAGAGUUUGACAUAAGUUGAGAUUUUAGUGUGAUCUGGAUGUGUGAUAAUCCAUUUUUAGAAUAUUAAUUUCAUUACCCAUUAAUUAUGGCCAACUGUAAGGAGAUAGUCCUGUUACUAUUCUUAAAUGAAGUCCUCCCCAAACGUGAAUGGAAGCAGAGUUCUUUGCCAGGCUGCCUGCCGGAAAAGGUGUAGACAGAUGCUACUAAGACACCAAAUAGUGUCCAUGUAAGAUGGCAACUGCAUUAAAAAAAAAUCAGGAAAAACAAAUGUUUGGUUAUUGUUUUGUUUUAUCUUGUCUGUUAGAGAUGCUGGGCAUAGCAGUUCUAAAGGGCCAUUCUCUCAUGGAUUGCUAGAUCGGCCUUUUCUUCAGCUUCGGUGAGGGAGGAAGUGUGUGUGUCAAGUGUUGCUGUUUGAUCCGCCCCUCCACUCUCCCCUUACUGUGCAGAGCUGCAAGUUGCUAGUGGCUUUUCUUUCUUUUGGGGGGAGAAGGGCGGAGUGGUUGGGUUUUUUGAGACAUUAUUUCUGCAGUAUUACUGUAGUCCUGGCUGUCCUGGAAUUCACUCUGUAGACCAGGAUGGCCUCAAACUUAGAGACCUACCUGCCGCUGCCUCCCAAAUGCUGGGAUUAAAAGUGUGAGCCAAAGGCUCACAGUCACACUCAGUAGAAGCAUCAAAUAUACAAUAGGGGGCACCAAUAUUUGAUAGAUUUCUAUAGCUUGUGCCCUGGGGCUGCCCUGUUGAAGUUCCCUGAAUGGGCUUUCAAUCUGUCUUUCUCAUUUCAAAUAAGCGGAUGUUGUGGAGUUGGGAAGAGAUCAUUUGGGGGAAGGGGAAGGAAUUCUAGGAACUAUUCUUUGUUGGCUUUCUGUUUCCUUGAUUUGUUUUUUAACAACUUUAUAUUUCAUCUUUGAUCUGCCUUAAUUCAGAAUUUAAUUUUCUUUAGGAGAAAAAAGAUUCCUUUUGCUUGUUUGGUGGUUUUUUUGGGGGGUGUGGGGGGAGCUCAGAUAAACAAAGCACCAAAUGAGAUUAAGGUAGAAUAAAAUCAUUGAGUACUGUUGUACUAGCCCAAUAUUUGACAAAAUACAAUAACAGUUUUAGUUUGCCAUAGUAAAUUUUUAGUAUUAAAGCAUUUUAAUUGUUUGACUAGAGAAAUUUUUUUCUUUAGGUUGACAGAACAGCUGACCUGAGGAUUUAUUUGGUCACAUGACCUCCCCUGAAUUAAAAUGUAGCUGGACAUAGUAGCCGUGGUGGCAUGCACACACUCACAAUGCCAGCACUUAGAAGGUGGAGGCAGGAGAAUGGGAAGUUGAAGGUCAUCGUCCGCUGUGUGAGCCGCUGUGGGGGAGGAGCAGGGAGACGGUGACUUCUGUGUAGCAUUAUUCCAGAGCUACAAUUGUUUCUUGCCUUAAUAGCAAUAGAUCCCUUUUAUCUAAACAACCUGUAUAAUACUCGUUAUACAUGACCACUCUAACAGUCUUCAUCCGUUUUCUAAAUGUGUGUUGUGUGCUGAUGUUUGUCGUGUUGAUUUGAACAUGCAGCUGGCACUUGUUCUGGAAACAGUCUGAACAAAGUUUGACAGUGCACAGACCCUUGGGGAAAUAGGGUUUUAUGUUCAGUUCAGUCUGGCCUUCAGCUCUGGCCCUUCUACCUCUACCUCCCUGGUUCAGGGACUAAAGUAGUGUGCGACCAUGCCCUCAGCUUUGGGGUUGGUUGGUUUGCUUGCUUGCUUGCUCUCUUGCUAGCUUUAUUAUUUGUGGGAAGUGGUUACACUUGUGAUUUAGUCCAGCAUUUUAAGUGUAGCAGCUGUGAACCAUUUUUAUUUUAAUAUUUUAAAGAUUUAUUUUUUUAUUUCAUAUGUAUGCAUGUUUGUCUGCAUAUACGUAUGUGCAUCAUGUGUGUGCCUGGUGCCCACCCACCUAGGCUAGAAGAGGGCAUUGGAUACCCUGGAAGUGACGUUAGAGAGGAUGGUCAGACACCGACCGUAUGGGUGCUGGGAACCAAACCUGAGUCCUCUGCAAGAGCAAUAAAUGCUCUUAACCACUGAGCCAUCUCAAGCUCCGGCUGUGGAACUCUGAGCAAUACCUUUCUUUUUGCUAUCUUAGAAUACUGUUCUCUGGUAGAUUGUCUUCCAUAACUGUCACCUGAGUUAAAACAGUACUUAUGUAAAUUAUUUUGAGAAUUAUCACUAAGGGGGAGGUAGGGCUUAAAUAAGGUAAAUAUAAUUUUUAUGUAUUUUAGCCAGAAUGUCUACUGAUCUAUCCCAGUCACUAUUAUAUUCUAUGGCGCAGUAACCUUUCAAAAGAAUGUUACAUUUCACCAUUAACAGUUUUUGCUGAAUGAAAGACAGUUGAGUACCAUGUUUCCUGUAAUGAUAUUUAAUAAUAUAUUAAAAGUAAAUGUCUUGAGUUUUUUCUACAAGU